GCAAAACAAACUCUGACGUCCUUGCAAAUAUUUUAAACGACUGCUUUCCGUAUGUUACGAGGGAAAAAACAUGUCGGACAGCGAGAAAGAAGAAGUACCAAGACGACGUUACAAAGCACCAUGGUCGAAAGGUGGACAUGAAUAUGAUCCUACGUUACCAUAUGGACCUAAAGUCUACCUGGCCAGAAAGAAAAAACCUGAUCCAUGGUGGGUUAUCGCAAUAGAGGUGACCGUUGUCUUAUCGGUAAUAUUGUUCUUCGUGUAUAUGUACUACUAUAUUGAUCAUCUUCACUUUCACGUUGCGCAUGCGUACGCAAGAAUUGGUAGUGGGACUGCUCAACAUCAUAUAGCGCAUAGAUAUCUCAGAGGAGAUGGAACGACGCAAGACCACGAAAAAGCAAUGUAUUGGUUCAGACAAGCAGCAAACAACGGUCAUCCAGGAGGUGCGUAUAACUUGGUAGCAGCACAUUUUCAAGGGUACAAGACCGAUCUUCAAGAGAAUGAAAUAAAGAAUAUGUUGAAAGUUGCUGCAGACGGUGGACAUAAAGAAGCCAUAAAAGCUUUGCAAGAAAUGUUCCCAAAUUGAGAAAAGAAAUGUUUUCUUUCUAAGAAACCAAACCAAUUCUUAUACUAUAGAUGUUGCUUUAGGUUUUUAAAGAGACAGCUUUGUAUUCUCAUCUCACACUGUCUGUGAUAUUGUUCUAGUUUAUGCUGUGAGCAACUCAAUAUAAUUUCCUAAACUUUAUACAAUUGUAAACUAUGGAUUAAUACCGAUAAUUAAAAAUAGUUGUAUAAUCAUCAUGAUGGAGAAUAAUACACACAUAAAUGCCAUAUGUUGUUCAAGAAAAGCAGAUGAAAUCGUCAGAUUUUA